AUGACCAAGCUUCUGACAGACGACGGUACCCUAGAAAAGUUCCGAUGGAUGUGCUUUUUUGUGUUUGACAGCUGCACAGAUGAACGUCCAGUAUCUGCAAAAGAAAUCGAGCAAUUACUGGAGUUCCUGUGUGACCUUGAAGGCAGCGAAAAUGCUUACUGUUUUGAGUCAGAAGUUUCAAAUAAAUUGAAAACUACACUUCUAUGUGCUACUUCAGGAUUGCUUAUCAGGAACGUGUCGGAACUUACACAUAUGAACAUAAAAGCUCCUGGAACAUCAAUGGUUCGUCAACUCGUUACGCUUUUGUCCGAAAAAAACAAGGAUGACGUGGAAUAUAUAUCAACAACGCUAUGCUCUUUAUUUUGUUUGGAGCCCAUACCGGUGAAUCAGUUGAAAAUAGUUGAACGACUGCGUGACUCUGACCGCGAAUUACUUAAAAAGUGGAAGGAUAUUGUACCUGAUAAGAAAGGUAGUCCUAAAGGGACUAAAUUACUAGUGAAACAUCGUGAAUCUUCCCUGGCCUAUGAGUUAUGGAAUGAAAUUACACGGAAUACGAAACAGAUUCAAGGGAAUUCUGAUUUUUGUACCGUCAAUACGCGCAAUGAAUUUGCUAUUUGUUGUGUCCAAACGUUUUGGAGCUGUGGUGGUUGGCAGCAUGUGCUCAACAAUUUGGAUGCUAUAUCCCCUAUUUUAGUCAGUGAUGAUGUAAAUAAUGUUCAUGCUCGACUCAAGACCAUUAGCUCACUUUCACAGUUGUUCUUGAUCGCUUCACUUGAAAUCCCGUAUAUACAGUUGACAAACACCGUGCCAACAAGCGACAGUUUGUUGCUGCAUGAUAAUUUUAGACCACAGCAACAAAUGUUUGUUUCUGUCCCAGAAGAAAUUGUCACUCACUGGAUUGAAUCAAUUUCUAAGGCUAUUCAAUCUUGUUGUUUAUGGUUUGCAAAUUAUAUCUUAUAUUCAGAGUUAAGUGAUGUUGUAUUGAAUCGAAGGGUGCUGUUGGAUGAAAUCCUAGUUGAUUUGACUUUCCUCUAUCAACAACAUCUUGGUCGACUAGUAUCCUGCCAGAUGAAUUCAAAAUUUUUUGAGAUAACCAAAUCCUUAAAUUUUGGAACUGGCUUAAUGAUGCUCAACUUAUUUGCCAAAUCGUUACCUAACAUUCUACCAGCUGAUCAGUCAGAUUUAUUAUGUUUGAUUGAGUCUUUAAACAAAUGGGAUCGUCAGCUUAAUUUAGUGCCAAUUAAACCUUUGCUAUUGAAAUACUUUUCGCAGUUGUUUAAAUUUAGCCUAACACUGUUGGCUUCUGGUGACUCUGAGUAUUUUAGGUAUGGGUCAGAUUUCUCCGUUACCCAGAACUCUGACAUCCUGUCGUCGUCACUGCCUUCUUUACCAUUCUUACUAACGUCAUCAGAUGAUUUGAGUUUAUUUAAUCGAAAUAUCAAAUAUUACUUAGAUCAAAAAUUUGAUCCAAAUGAGUUUAUAAACCAAUCAGAAAAACCCUCAUCGUUAUCUCGUUUAUUUGUUAUGUGUGGUCAUCAUCUUCAUGUUGAUUUAAUGCGCAUUCUAUCAGAGAUGUUUAAUGUGAUUCAAGAACAUUCUCGAAGAUUGUCUUGUAGUAGUUAUCAACAAUAUUUGCGUAAAGACUCUUCUACAAAUCUAUAUCAAGACUUGCAGAUUGAUGAUUUUAAAUUUUUCUUGAAAUGCACAAAACAAGGUUUACACUUUCUCAAUGAUUUACUGUUGGCUCGAUCGAAUCUUCUAAAAUACCAGUUAUCAAAUGAUUCCAUGCCUAUUAAAGAAAGUUCUUCAAAAGAUAAUUUGGAAUUCAUAUCAGUUAUUGGAUUUUAUUUAUCUAAAAUGAUUAUCUAUGCUGAUGAAACAGUAAUGCACGAGUUAAUCAAUCCAACAUCGUCAUCAUCUUACAGUAUGGAAUGUAGAUUCAGUAUUCUUGAUGAAGAAAUAUCACACUUAAUCUAUGCAUUUACUUCAUGUCAUGGAAUAACUGAUUGUGCAUUAAAACAUUUAGGCUAUUCAUUGAGUACAGGUAGUCAUAUUAUUUCAAAAGAACCAGGAUUUUCGAUGAAUUCAACAAUGUUAGUGAAUAGCUGGCCAUUAUGGACAGAACCACAUGUUUUCUGUUUAUUAUCUGGUCAUAUGCUUAGUAUAUUACGAAUUACAGAUUCAAUAAUUAUCUUGGAAGAUUCUAUCAAAUCCUUUUGGUCAAAUUUUUUGACAAGUAUACAAAAUGCGAUCUUAUCAACAUGGGAAUCAUCAAUAAUUAAAAAGAUCACUGUUAUUGAACAUUGCAUGAUGGAUAUUCAUCCUAAUUUAUUACAAUUUACUUGUUUUCUUGCUGGACAAACACCGGGAUUAACAGCGAAAAAGCAAUUACUCAUUUUAUUGACUCAAUUAUUUUGUGAUUUACAUAAAACUAUUUGGAAAAAGCAAUAUCAACAACAAUUCAUCACAGAAAGCAGUAAUGUUCACAUUUCCUCUGUGAAACAACAAAUCACGCAUGUUUAUUAUCUUUGGCUGCGUUUAAUUGUUAUUUUACGCUAUAUGCUACAUUAUUUCUACAUUCCACCAAAUUACUUAUCACAUCAACUAAAACCUUGUAUGUUUUUACAACCUGAUCAAAAUAAUAAUAAACAAAAGAAAUGUAUGAUUUGGGAAUAUUCAACUAUUGCUCAAUUAUCAUCAAAAAUACACCCAUACUUUUUACCUUUACCACUGACAGAUAAUAACAAUAAUAUCCCAUUCUUUUAUGAUCUAUUAACUGCAGCCAACCAAUCAUCAUCAGGCGUUGAUCAGUCAACAAAUUUAACCCCUGUUGGGAGUAGUAGUUCUAAAAGAACAGGUACAAGUUUAAGUCUCCCGUCUCCUGAUGGAUUAGCUGUCUCAUCAUUAGCAUCACUUAAUAAUUAUCAUGACCUAUUCACCUCUCUCCUUGAUUACAUGAGUUCUCUUCUGCUGACGGAUUCAUUUGAUAAAAUGUUAACUAAUCCAGAUCCUAUUCUUAUCGAAUGUUGUCAACUACCAUUGUGCACUUAUGGAUUAGCAUUAAACUGGAGAUUAUUAGAAAUUCUUCCACCACCACAAGAACUUUUAAAAGAUUUAAGUCUUUUCAUUGAUUUAUUAACGAUAAAACCAUCACAGAAGACAGUUAUCAAUCUUCAAAGUGUUUCAAAGAUAUUCUUGUCACCGUCAUAUUAUCUAUAUUUAAUAAUUUUGUUAGAUAGAAUUCAACAGAAUCCUACUCAACCAACUUUUCAGUUUUCUUCAGGCUUUACAGCUGAUGAUAGCCUACCGCCGAAAUCGAAGUCCGAAUCAUCUACUGUAAAAUCCACAAAUACUAGUGCCAUUACGACUGGUGGUGGUAAUGCUAAUAUACCUUCAGUAACCAGUAGUCGAUCAUCGACGUCAUCAUCAUCAGCUUACUCUUUAUUGGAUUCGAGAGCGAAUCUGCUGAAAGAAUUGAAGCGUUUAAUUCAUGCUCAGUGUUCAAGCAAACUAUCAAAUGAUGGUGAGUCAGAGGAAGCAAAGGCUAAUGUGAUUGAAGGAGCAAUCAAUAAAUUAAUAUCUCUAGUACAUCCUAUAGCCUUAUUUUCAUUCUUAUUCGAAUGUGGUUUUCUUCAAGUGAAGUCGUUUUCAUUGGUGUUAGAUCCAAUCAAGAAGAGUUUCAAUGGAAUUACUGUUGGGCAGUUGUCUUAUUUAUGCAGCUUAUUUCAAUUUCUAAGUACUUUAACAUCACAAUUGUCAGUAUUAAAUGAUUCUAAAAGCACAAAACCAAUUAAUACUUCCAAAUCAUAUACUGACACUGUAGAACCUGUAAAACGUGCUGGGAAGCAUAGAACACGUCAUGCUGCUGGUAAAGGACGCACCGUUUGUUCUACAGAAACUACGAAACAGUCUAAUAACAGUACUGAGACAACUACUCCAAAGGAAAAGAAAAGUAUCUGUCUUUUAGAUACAGCAGUUUUGGACUCAACUUUACAAGAUACUCUUGUUUCUUCUGUAAAUUCUACGAUUGGUAAUAACACGAAUACGAGUGGCGAUAAAAAUCUGACAUCUAAAGAGUUAUCUGCUAUGUAUUCACAUUCGUUACAUACUGGGCACAAUUUGCUAAUAACAAGCUUACAGAUAAUGUAUAAAUUAUGCUAUCAUAUUCGAUCUGAGCUUGGUCUACCUAAUUGGAAUGAUGUGUAUAUUAAUGAAUCAUUUGUAUCAGGGCCAUCAACUAUAGAAAAUAUUGGAUCAUUAACACUGUUGUGUCCCAAUCGUUUAAUGAAAGAGAAUUAUUUGCCGUUCAAUUUUACUUCAAAUCUCUUAGCUCGUAGGCGAUUGGCUAAUAGUCUCAGAUUAGCUACAGUUAUUUACGGUAAACAGUUUGACCUAUUGAAUGAAGUUGCAACGAAAUGUAAUUCUAAUAAAUGUAUAGAAUUGAAUCAAUUUAAUUCAAAUUUAUCUCAAUGUUUCUAUCAAAUAUUAACAUAUCAGUAUGAAUUAACUGUUUAUCAGUUGACAACUAAAAACGACCAUUCAUCUGAUGACGGUAGUAUCAAAUCACCUAAUGCCACAACCUCAACAGUAAAUGAAACAAAAUCAACUACUGCCAACACUACACCUGAAUUUGCUAAACAUCUAGCUAAUCGUUUGAAAUUAUUUCAAGCAUGUUGUCUGUUAAAACAUAUUUAUGAAUUGUGUACAUCAUUAGUAAAACAAUUGUUUAAUUUACAAGAGAAAAUUUGUUAUUCAAAUGAUUUUGAUCUAGAGCCUACAAUGUACAAAGAAAGUCAUUAUGGUCUACAACUUAUUGCUACUAUGCAUUACGAUCCUAUUUUCACUGCUUUGCAUAUUGACUUGAUUUGUAAUAAUGAGGAAGUAGAGAAAAUGUCAUUAUCAGUUGCACAAUAUUUAGCAUAUCUUUGUUGCAUACAUGGAACUAUAUCAACAUCUAAGUUAUCAUCACCUUGCAAAAUAAAUAAUGUUGAAGGUCAGGUGAAAAAGAUUUUAGAUUCAUGUCAGUUGAAAAAAUUGAUAAGUCGUUCGUUGGAAGACAGGCUUGUUUAUAUUGUAUGUUAUAUGGCUAGAUGCCUUUCAAAUUCAGGCAAAAGUCCCCUUGAAUCUCGUGUCUGUUCAUAUGUCUGUCGUGAAGUUAUGGGAUUUCUAGAAGUUGUAUUAGGUAAUCACCGCAUCCUCAAGCAAUUUUUAUUAUCGCCAUCGUCGUCGUCAUCUAUUGAUGUGAAUAAAAAUAAUAAAAAUAUUACUAUGAAUGAAAAUUCGUCAAGUGUUGCUUCUCAAGAUUCAACUACACAAUCAAUAUUAACGAUAAUUCAAAGAACUAUCUUCAAUAAAGAGCUUUUCAUGAGUUUAUUCUCAUCAUCAUCUAUGUCUCGUAUUCCACAUCAAGAUGUUUAUCUACUGAAUGGUAUACGAAUAUCAAAUGGACCUCCUUCACUUACUUACCAAAUGUCAUCCUUACGUUUAUUGUGUGUUCUUCUUAUGCGUGCUAUCAAUGCCUCUUCAAAAACUCGUUGCAAUUUCACUGAACUUGUAAAAUUAGCACUAGAAUCGUGUAUAUUUAAUCCGUGGAAAUCACUAGUAUCUGAAACUAAUAAGACAAAAACAUUAUCUUCUUAUUGGCUAGAAAAUAUACUACCCAAUAUGGAGUUAUUUGAUCAAAAUAACGAUACUGAACUAUGGUUUACUGAUUUAUUAAAUAAUCAUAACUAUUUACUAUCACAUAAUCAAGAUUCAUUUCUAUUGUCAUUUGAAACUGAAGAAGAUCUACUGACAAAUGAUGUAUUUAAUAGUACGAUAAAUAAUAUUAAUACUGCCUAUCGAAAUUUGAAUUGUGAAGAUCAUGUUAACGUCAACUGGUUACUUGAUGCAAAUGUAGCCUCGAUGGUGAAUAAUACUACACAUCUGAUUAAUGAAUGGAAACAGAAACGAUGCUUAUAUUACAUAGCUUUGUAUUUUGAACGUUUCACAAGACUUUUAACAUCUAAUUGGACAGAUGAUGUUAGUUUACGCGAAAAAUAUUGUAAUCACUUACUAACUUCAGCUAUAUCUAUCUGGCGUUCUCGUGUAACUUCAAAAAGUAGUAGGAAUAAUACUGUUACUACUACUAAGUGUUCACAGUCACCCUCUUCAUCUACGUCUUUUACUUCUGCCUCUCAAGAGGAACCCGAAAACGUUAAACAGUCUGCAACAGUUGAACAUUUGUAUGAUUUGACAUUUCUACCGUAUGCUAUUACAUCGUUACAUUGUUUGUCAUUUGGUUUUACCACAGGUUCUGUACAUAGUAAAUUAUUCGGUUUCUUUACAUAUUGUGCUAACAUUUGCUAUGAGUUAAUAAUGAAACCAGAGAUGAAUAAAGAAGUGGGCGAAUCAGUAUGUCUGAAUGAUAUUAAUUUACUGCUUUCAAUGAGCUUACAACAUUAUAAACAGGCUUCAUUAAUCUGUAGUUUGCAAUCAAUUUAUUUCUAUAUUUCUACAAUGAUUGUUGUAUUAAAUCCGAAUAGUCAACCAAAACCCACUGAUAAUAUUUAUUCAUCGUUGAUGAACGCUACUUCUUCCAGUGUCCGAUUAGACUAUUGGCCAAAUUUUGUUUACGCACAACCUGGUUUAUUUUCAAAUACUUUUAUGAAUAAUGCUGAAUCUGAGAAUUCGGAUGCGUUGCCUAAUUAUUUAGCUAAAAGUUUCUAUUCAAAAACGCGAGCUUUCUCUCAUUUAUUAAGUUUUCAUUUUACUCAUAACUGUAAAAGUGCAUUUCGAAAAAAUUGGAAUAAGUUAGGAUUAUGGAAUGUUAAAUCUCAUUUCCCAAAUGUUUCUGCUCAAUCAAAUGAAUUUUUGAAAACAAAGUUGACUUAUGAAAUUGAUCAAUUAUCUGACAACGAUACAAGUGAUGAUUUUGAUGAUUGUUUAGAAGAUGAAGUGUAUUCUUCAUUCCCAGGUCCAUUGAUUAACGAUUCAAUGUGUACUUAUGUUGCAACUCAGAAGAUGUUUAUUGAUCAACAUUGGUAUCAUUGUUUCACGUGUAAUUUACAAGAAUCUCACGGUGUUUGUUCUGUAUGCGCUAAAGUUUGUCAUUCAGGGCAUGAUUUAAGUUAUGCUAAAUUUAGUGGAUUCUUUUGUGAUUGUGGCGCUGGUCAAAAUGGUGAUUCGUUUUGUCAAGCGAUGACAUCACGUGUUAUAUCUAAUAAAGAUUCAUUUCCAGUGAAUAUGAUAAAAGAUAGAAAUAAUAUAUUUCUACAGUAUAUGAAUGAUAAGGAAUUGAAUUAUUAUCUUCCGUGGUUGACAGAUGGCUACCAUCCAUUCAUCUUAUCACCUGCUUCAUCAAAGGAAUUUCAUGAUCCAUAUCAUCAUCAUCAUUCAUCUAUCUCCAAUGCUAACUCUACUGAUGGCCAUCGCACAUCUAUGCAUUCAGUAAUUGAUAGACACGACUCCCGUCUGAUUCCUUUGGGUUCUAAAUUAGUUAAACGACGCCGUAAAGAAUCUUCAAGUCUCAUUGAGACACAAGAUGAUACUGCAAUUUCACGCCCACGUUCUGUUCCAGGUAUCAAUAAUUCUGGAGUAAACACGUCUAUUUCUUCAGAUACUUCAGUAAAUGCGCAUGGAAGCUAUCAGUCCAUCAACCAAAGUAAUAUUCGCCCGCUUUGGCGUCCGAUAACUUCUGUUGGCGGUACGGAUUCAUUUGCUACUAGAUCUUCAUUAAGUCAUCAACAAACUUCAUCAUCUGUCAGUAAUCGACCUAAUAAUCUCCGACGAACUGGUGCAGUUCGCUUAAGGAAAAUCUCUUCAGAUGUUCAUUCUGGACCAAGGGUGUUGAAAACAUUUCAAAUGACUCAGCAACAGUCUAAAAUAUCCAUUACUCAGCCGACUCAACAAAAUGUUUCACAUUCAUCUAAUCACUUGUCUCAUAAUGUCGAUAAAUCUUGUAAAACAAGUGUUAUUAUACCUAUCACUUCGUCAAUAUCUUCAAGGUUUUCACCUUGUUAUGAUAAUAAUAUUGAUAGUAUUCAUAAUGAACAAGAUAUUGGUAUACGAAUACGAAAUAUUCAUCAUUUUUUAAAUGUAUGUGACAAUUUUAAUUGUAGUGCAUUUAAAAGAAAACGUAAAUAUUCUAAACGUUUAACUACGAAUACUACUACCAUUAAUACUUCCACUGGUUCAUUAGAAACAGAUUCAAAUCGAUUUCAUUAUACUCAAUUAGUCCCUAAUGAGAUGAAAUUAAUUGAACAUGUUCGUAGACAAAUCGAUACUGAUGAGACCGGUGCAUGCCGUUCCCAGUUGACGAUGAUGUUGUUUACAUGUGAUAUUGUUUCACAAGCAGCUGAAAUACUAAUGGGAUUCGGUAAAUUAGAGGCUAAAGGUUUACUCAAUCACUUUAUGAAUUGUUCGCGUACAAAUGAAGUUGAAUUAAAAAGUUCUACCCGUCUGGGUAAAUUGAAACGAAUGCUUUUAAGUGGACGAGAUAAUAAACCAGUAAUUCGAAUGUGUUCAAAUAUCACGACACCAGUACCAUCUAUGUCAGUACAAGAUGUAACGCUAUGGCGUCGUAUAAUUCUUGCUGGUCAUCAACUCUUUCGCUCUACAGCUCCUAUUUCUGCCUAUGAUUUCAAUAAGUAUUUAACACCUCACUCUCCUCGUUUGAGAAACACUUCUGAAGAGAUUGAUCACAGCACAGUUUCAAGAUCAGUUCAACCAAUCCCUAGUAAUCGUCAUACACUUACAUCAUCUACUGAUUAUCUAUCAUCUCACAAUACUGUUUCGCCGGGAAGACUUGUCAAACAAUCACUGUCUGAUAGUAUGUCCACUAAUGUUCCACCUUUAUCGUCUUCUUCAAUGUCAACAACACCAAUAAAUGCGAUUGUUUCGUUGCCUGCAUUAUCCAUGUCAGCUACAAAUAAUGCUCCACGUGGUACAUCUUCCUCUUCAUCUAAUCCAGUUUUACUUAUACAAGCAUUAGCGAGUAUUCUAGCUGGAUCUGAAAGUCCUACUUCUCGUGGUGGUUUAAUAUUUCCAUCUCUCUCAAGUGGUGUUUCAUUGGAUGCACAACAUUUAAAUGGAAAUAACAUAUCAUUCCUGCCACCUAGUACAGCAUUAUCAUUGAGAGAAUUGUUUGGUUCACGUAUAUCAAACAAUGGUUCUUCAUUACCUACUACUGGGUCUAUAAUGAGUAAAACAGCUACAUCUCUUAAUGGGGCUGUCGGAUCUAGUGGAGCGGCUGUCACUUGUGUUCUACGUUUGCCAACUCCAACAAGAUCUACAUGUUCUUAUUUCUUAGUAGUGGCUAGUACAGGACCCAGAUCUCUUGUUUCUGGUACAGAUACAGGAAUAAUAUCUAAUACACCUACAUCAGAUGGUUUAAAGGGAUCAAGAUCACCAUUUGGUCAACGUGGAUUAAUAUCAAUCUACAAUUUAGAUAAGUUACUAAUACAGAUCGCAGAAAAACAAGAUCGAGGUUUAAAAGAAAUUGCUAAAUUGAAAUUUAUCACUGCAUUACUUCAAUCAAGGCAUAGUGAAUUGAAAAUUGAGUCUGAUAAUGAGAAUAAAGUUAAAUCCAAUACAGAUAUUAUUACAACAGAAUUAACAACAUCAUUAAAUUCAAUGUCAAAAGAAAUGAAUCAACAUUUGAAACAACUUUCUGUCAGUUUAAACAAUUUGCCUAAAAUCAGCACUGCAACAGCUGGUAUCCUCAUUUCAAGUAUGACAGUCAAUCCAUCAUGUUCAUCAACAUUUGUUAUUUGUGGUUUAUGGGAAUGUGUUGUUAUGAGUUUAUCGUCUGCUGGUCAAAUAUGCGGACGUAUCUCAGUGAUCCCAGUUGUCGGGACAAGACGAGAACAAAUUAUCAAGGCUAUAUGGUUACCGAAUUCGAUUAACCUGUUGGCUAUUCUCACUGAUCAGUCUGUUCAAAUCUUUGAUAUAUUCGUUAAUCCAAGUAAACCGAAAUAUCAUUUCAAACCUGUUGAUGGAAGUUUUUGUGAUGCAACAUUUAUACGCCUACCAUUACAAUCUGUGCAACAGCGGGGUAAAGAAGAAAUACUCACUGAUCAUUGUGAUACUUCGAAGUCUGAAAAUGUUGAUGAUUACGAUAACGUCCGUGGUUCGCAUGAAUGGGACAUUCACCUUUUAGUUAUGGCUAAUAUGGGUUCUAUUUUACAUCAGAGACUGGGCCCUCUUUGCCUAUCAUUCUUAGGUCCAUUCUUUCUAGCUGAAUCUUUGGAAUGGGAUAUCAACAGUUUAAAAAUGAACCCCAAUACAACCACAUCGUCGGAUGAUCUAGGAACAAUUCCAGAAUUAACAUUAGACCGUUUAACUGGCGUACUUGGCGGUGGUGGAGUUAGUGUUCAGUAUAUCAAUUCAAUGGGUCUUUUAUUACAUUCUUAUCAGUCUGGUCAUUCCAUUGCUAGUGGAAUUAAAUUAUUUAACACUACCGAUAACUCCACAGCACAAACAUUACAACAAAAUAGAAAGGAAUUAUGUAUUACUCAUUCAUUUCUACUGGCAGUUGGCCCAAGACGCGGAGAUGGGAACGUACCAACCACGGGUGUUGGCUACGUCACACCAUCUGCCAAAUUUACCAAAAAUUCACCUGUGAUUCAUCCGGAAACUUCUUAUAUGGAUUCAGAUAAUCUUCUGAUCUCGUUACUUUUAGCAGCUCAUUCCGCUAUUGAUCCGUCAUUACAACAGUCAACUUCAUCAUCAUCAUUAUCAUGUACUCAUCCAAAUCAAAAGUCAAUAAUUCCCAGUAUCGGUCCAUUAUAUCGUUGGACAGAAAUAGAUGAUCAUCCAGGUCUGGUGAGCGCACUAUCUAAAAUACCGCUGGUACCUAAUUCGUCUUUACAGCAUCAAUCAUUUCUAAUGGCAUUUGAACCAGAUCAAAUAUGGAUACAACAUUUAUUUAUUCAUCCUACUUCACGGUUAUUUAAUAUUCAUGAUUCAACAAUAAAAAAUUUGACGACGACAACGACAACAAGUAAAUUAUUGCCAUCUUCCACGACAACUGCAACAACAACUACUACUAGUAGUUCUACUAAUACUACUACUACUACUACUACUACUGCUACCACUACAUCUACCACUCUGACUACUACUACUGCCACCAAUAAUUUAAGCGGGAACGUAAAUGUCCAUAACCUAGAUAGGUCUGAAGCAGGGCAAAUGUCAUCUGCUUCAACUCAAUUAUUAGAUUCAUUCUCGUUCCAUUGGUUUGGCUCUCCAGAAUACGUUGGUCGUACAUUAACAUUUUUACUAACAUCAGAUGGGCAUUUACUAGUCAAUGCUUCUGCUCCAAGAUCUUCAAUUUACACUUCGAAGAAUAUAAACAAGUGUAAACCUGAAGAAAAAACGCCUAAUUAUCAUUUAUCUGUACUACCUGGACAAUAUUGGUUACAAAAUGAUUUUUCUGAGAAACCUAUAUCAGUUGGUCGUGGAUUCUUAUCAAAUGGUCCUAAUUCGAUCGACUCUUUACUCUGUAAUUUGCCGAAAGGUGUUUUAUGGGAUUUGGCAACAACGUCAUUUUAUCAGUUAUCUGGAAGUUUUAAAUGUUCCAACCAGCAGCAGAAUCCAGUUCCUAGAAAGAGAUCAUUAACAAUAAUUGAUGAAAACACGGUUGAAACACUGCAGAAAUAUCUUAUUGAGUCACCGGCAUUUGGUCCUUUACCUGUCGACUUUUUCGAACAUGUAUCCGAAACCCACGAAAUUGAUUUUGGUGGUCCAGAUCUCUUACAAUUUUAUAAUUAUGAACAGUUAAGACGGCGUUUAACGACACCAGGGAAUAUAGUCACUGGUGCUGGUACUUGCACACGUUUUAUUAACAAUUACUGUCGAGAUGAAAAACUACAUGUUGGGUCGAGAAAUUCUACUUUAUCGAGCGCAUCAAUUGGAUUAAAUGCUAAAUCAAAAGAUUCAUCUACAUCUAUUGGACAACAAUCACAACAGCAUAUAGCUUAUAUUAUUGACAUUUAUAAUCGUCGUUCUAAUGAUACUCUAAUUGCUGGUCUCCGUGUAACAUUGCCUGGAUUAUCAUCACCAUCAUCAAUCGAUGAGAAUACAAGUCGAUGGCCAAGAUUUUUCAAGUUAUUCAAUAGAACUAUAUUUGUCCCACUACCCUACCCUGGAAUGACUUCAGGGCGUACAAUCGAUUUACCGUUGUAUCGUUGUGAAAUGUUAAAGUCAAGUGAAUUUUUACAACUUGUUGUUGGCACUAGUGAUGAUCCUGAAGAUAUGACAUGUAUCGAUUGUAUCAUGGUUUAUUCUAUUGGUCGUGAUCUAGUUUCAUCUUUAUCAUCGCACUCACGUCCAACUGUUAAAUUGUUAGGUGAAAAGCAGUUGAUACAUACAAAUCACCACUUGAACCCUGAUAAAUUGUCUAAAAAGAAAUUACAAACCUUACCGUUAAAUGAGAGUAAUUGUAAUAAGAAAGUUAAAGGUCCAAUGGAUUUGUUUGUUUUGAAGAACACUAAUACUUCUACUACUAAUUAUAAUGAUGAUGAUAGUAUUGGUGAAUGCAAUAUUGAUGAUAAUAAUUAUGAUAAUGAUAUGCAUGAAAAUUUAAGUGAUGCUGUUAUCGACUCGGAAGAAUUUGAUAAAAUAAAUAACGUUUUUGAACAGUCGUUAGCUUUCAGACUUGAUCGCUUGUUCGGUACCGGUUUCGUAACUGAAUUAGUUUGUAACGAUCAUAAAAGCAAUAGUAAGAAAACAUCACAUUCUCGUUUACCACAACUCUCAAUCUCAAAACCAUUUCCACCUCCACCAAGUACCAUAUUUGCAUUGUCAAAUUCAAUGUACUGCUCACAUUUCAUCUCAAUGGAUAAUUCUACAUUAUUGACUACAUUAUCACCAUUGUCUUCUGUUCCACUAUGUUUGAUUCGUGAUUAUUGUGGUUUGACAGCUUCAAUUGCUAACAUGUUGUGUGCGAUAGUUAAUAUGGGUAUCACCUCAAAAUCUGAACAUAAUCCGAGUUUAACUGGAUUCAAGAUAAUUUUGUCCAGUUUAAGAAAAACUCUCGAUAAAUACAAUAAUAAUUCUGGUGGUUUCGAUGGUAGUAUUCAAUUUAGACAAACAGUAGAAAGUGAAAAAAAGCCUCCUACCAGUCUAAAUAUACUACUUGUAGAAAUAAUGAAAUUUCUCAAUUGGAUAUCAUUAUUGAACUCAUCAACUUGUAAUCUGUUUAAUAUUCAACCGACACUGAUGAUUAGUUUAUCAAUGCAUCUUUAUCAGUUAGCUUUUAUGACUACACGUUUUCUAAAUAUUGAAGAAUUGAAAAUAUCAAAUAAUAAUUGCUAUACAUAUAAUUUUAACAGUAUCGAGUGUAUUCUAAAUGAAAUUCUAUAUCAUCCAUUGAAUUAUUCAUGGAAACAAUUAACUGAUAACAUGAGUAACACUGAUGCUAAUGUUGAUGAUAUGAUAUCUAAACAUUAUUUAACUAUCAUGUCAAUUCGUUUAAUUCGACAAUUUUCAAUGGAAAUUUAUCAUUUUCUACACAUCAAUCCACUGCAUUUAAUUAAGUGGUUAUCUAAUCAACACCAACAUUAUCAAUCUACAAAUGAUAAUAUAUCAUUUUAUACAGUUAUAAAUCACUUAUUCAAUUUAUUUAUUUCUAAUUUACCAGUGCCUACGAAUACAUCGCAUAUUAUCGAUCCUAUAUGGUCUGCAAAAUUUGAUUUGUUUUCUUUAACAUUAGAACAGGAUAUAGCUCAGUUAUCUUCAGUCAUUAAUAAAAAUGUACAAAAUUGUAAAGAUUGUCUGUCAGUUUCAUCAUCGUCGUCGUCAUCUCCACUGGAUUUAAGACCAAAGUCUUAUUAUAAUAAAUCCAUUCGGUGCUUUAUGAAUCCAUUAACGCGUUCACUAUAUACACUAUUUUUAUGUACAAUUAUAGACGACCAAUUACCAGAUGAUGAUGGUGAUGAUAAUAAGAAGUUAGAUGAGUUGAUUAUGACAAGUUUAAUUGAACUGCCUAGUGAAAAUAAUCAUCACCAUAGUAAACAGACUAAACCAUUGAAUAUGGAAUUCUUAAAUUAUUACGGAAAACUGUUAAUCACAAUGCUAACACAUAGUAAUAUUUUAGUGUCAUCUGCUACUCGUGAUGCUUUAUGUCGUCUUAUUAUUAAUGCAAGACCAAAAUGUAUAACUUGGUUUAAAAAUCAUUCCUCACUGAGUCAUCGUUAUAAUUCUUGUUAUAGAAAAUCAAGUGUGUCACGUUCCAGUGAGAGCAAAUUUGCUAAACCUCUCUCAGAGAGAAAUAUCUCUCAGAAUACUGACACUGAUUUGUUAUCCGUAAAAGGCUCUAAUCUUGCAUAUACUUCCCUUGGUUCAAAUACACCAACAACCCCUACUGUUUCUUCUGGACGUAGUUUUCAAUCAAGAACAACACCAUACUCUGGUCGUAGACGUCCUCCACGAGAGUAUCAUUCUUUACAUCCUAGUCAGUUGAUUGAUGUUUUAAUAAAUGAAGAAAAUCCCGGCUCACGGGAACUAAUUUCUCUCGAUGAUCUGGAUAAUGUCGACAGUCAUCAGUUAACGUCAUUAAUUGACAAUCAUCAAGAAACUAUUGGCCGUUGGUCUUCUCGAUCAGGUACUACUAACAAUAGGCAGCGAAGGUCAAGUCACUUCUUAAGAAUUUUAAAUCAACCUCCUUCCAUACCGAUAUGGGAGGGUGAAGCCAGAUCACUUAUCAGUAAUAGUACAACAACUUUCAAUGCUAAUGAGCCUAUUCAUUUUAUGGACAUGGAAAAUGAUAUUGUAGAUGAUUGUGAUCAAUCUGAUAUGAAUUUAGAUACUGACCUAAAUAAUUCAGAUAAUUAUCUGUUAUCGGAAUUUCUUGAUUUAGGUGGAAUUGAACCAUCCAUUUCAGCAUUACGUGAAGAAAGUGAUGAUGACAGAGCAUAUCGUAUUUUACGGUUGUGUAGACGAAUAUGGGGUUCACGACGUAUUGUUUCACUUCGACAAAUGGUUGCCGAUUCUGAAUCUGGUGGUGAAAACGAAUUCGACUCUCGAAUCAAUUUGGGAUUGAAUGAAAACGAUGAAAUUCUAGAAACUGAACCUGAAAAUAUUGGUGGAGAAGAUGAUGAGGAUGUUGAUGAUGAUGAAGAAGAUAAUAAUGAUGAAGAUGACGAUAAUGACGAUCCUGAAGACGAACAACAUAAUGAUAACAUAGAAAUGGAUAAUGAGAAAGAUGAAAACGAUGAUGUUGAUGAGGAUGAUGAAGAAGAAGGUGAAUGUCAGGAUGAGGAUGAUGAUGAGGAGGAGGAGGAGGAUGAGGAGGAAGAUAGUGAUGAACAAUUAAGGCUAGGUAUUAGUGAAAAUUUAACCAGUGAAAUGGCUCUCUUGUUAGCACAAUUGGUUGCAGAAUCUGGUCAAUCCAUUGUAAAUGGUCAAGAAUCUCUUAUCGAUCAACUGGGAAUAAAUUUUUCUGAGUAUAGUAGUUUUCUAAACAGACCACAACGAACAAAUCAAAAUACUAAUACAACAACUACAGCGUCAACUUCAGGGACAAAUUUAUCAGUUACAAAUUCACUGACCUCUACCACUCAGACAACCAUAUCGUCAGGAAUUCAUGAAGCUCAAGUUCAUGAAUCUUACGUAACACCUAGUAGUAGUAAUCUUCAAUCAAAUACCUUUAGAGCCAUGCAAAGGGAACCUAGAACCGUAACAAAUAUCAACCCUUCUAGAGAAUGGCAAAGGAAUGAUGUUAUGGAUGAGGAAAAUAUACAUGAACAAACAAGCGAUAAUAUACAAAGACAAGAAACUAAUAAUAGAGAAGAAGCGGUCGAUAUAAAUCAAGAUCUAUUGGAUAUCGAAGAUGCACAGGAAGGAUUAGAUAUGUGGGCUUUUUCAGAUAAUUUAGAAGAAGAUGUGCUGUUUACACUGGCCCUACAGUUGAGUCUGCGUGAUCAAGGUGGUCCAGGUACUAGAGAUAAUGUUGAAGUGAACGACCAACAGUCGGGAGAUACUUCAUGCCUUCAAUCUGUUUCUCAAGAAGUUGUCUCCUUACCCGGAAAUGAAAAUGCUGACCACACAGAACAACCAAACAACGAACAAAAUUCCUCAGAAUGCAGUCAGCUAGAUCAUGCAACAAGUUGGUCUGCUGAACCAAAUGUUUCAGACACACCUGAAAGGACAAUGAAUUCUCCUGUUCAAGCAUCAUCUAAUCAACCAAUGGUUUUAGCUUCAUCAAAUCCAUGUCAAUCAGUUGUUACUCAUGAAAAUGAUUUUGAAGACAAUUAUGAUGAUGGUUUCGUCACUACUAUUGUAGCGGGUACUGGUGUUGCUGUUCAUGAAGAAGACCUCUCUGAUUUGUACACUUUGUUUGAUAAUGAAACAAUGUCUUCAUCUAAACCUUGUGAUAUGACAUUUAAUGAAGCAACACAUAGUGGAAAUCCACUUACUCCUACUUCCAAUGUUACAAUUCGCACUACUAUCACUACCAAAAACUGCGGCCACACAACUAAUAAAAAUCACGAUUUACAAUCAAUAAGCAGUACUAUUAUGAGCAGUGAUGACGAUGAUAGUGCACCGGAAUCAAAUAUUUUACCAAAUUCAUAUCGUUAUAGUAGAAGAAAGUCGUCUUUUUAUUCAAAAUCUAUAAGUCUAGACGAUGAUGGUGUUAAUGAUAAUGAGGAUGAUGAUGGUGAUGUUCAUGAUCUUGAAAAUACUUGUGCAGAUCAUAAUCAUGUUCAGGACACCAGUCAUAACCCAAAUUUCAUCACUGAUGACUAUUCUAAGCAUGUUAAUCAUCAGGUUUUAGAUCAUUCAGACAACAAUAGUAAUCUUAAAAAUCUUCGGAAUCAAGAAAAUAAUAAUAAUGAGGAUAACAAUGAUGAUAAACAGACUAUUUUAUCCUUAUUGAAUUACACUUUGAGCAAUACAAAUUUAUACUCAAAAUAUCAUAGACAAAAUUUAGCAUUAUUAUUUUGUUUAAAUAUAUCGAAUUAUUUAUCAAAUGAAUGGAAUAAUAUUAUAAUUAAACAAUCAAAGUGUAUGAACACAUUAUCAUCGAUAUCAUCUGGUCAUAGUCAACAAUUUGUACCUAUUCUACAGUUUAUGAUCAGUUUAAUACGUAUUUUACAUGGAAAUGCAUGUCAACUUAAUGCAGAGAUAAUAGUACUCCAACAACAACAUGUACAAUCUACUUCAGUGUCCACUACUAUAAAAUGCAAUCAUAUAGAUUAUCAGAAUAAAUUUUAUUUGGAUUACAUUAAACAACUACUGUAUAAAAUCAAAAUUACAUUGAAGCAGCUCAUUCGAGCAAUUAUUAAUGGAUUAAUACUAAUUGUUUCAACUUUGCCUACUGAUAACGAUGGGUAUACAAUAAAAACAGAUUUGUACGGUGUCAAUAAUCUACGUGAAAAUUUCGAAAAAAUCAUUCAUUCCGAUACCUUAUUAUUAUUAGAAUUUAUAGUGCUACAAUUAUAUGCAUUAAUAGAAAUCUUUGAAUCAAUUCCAUCAUCAGCAUUAUUAUCUUCCUCAAAUGAUGGUUCUAAUUCAUUCUCUUUAAUUCAUUUAUGGCUACAUGAGGAAUGCAGUUCAGAUAAUGAUUGUCGAAAAAUGACACAACCUCCAACAUUAUCAUCGGCUCCGUCUUCAUCAUCUAUAGGACAACAACAGUUCAGCCAGAAAACUGUAACAACAACAGCUGAUCAAAUGCAUGUAUUGUCUAAUGAGCUUGAUUUGCGUGCAUUAAUCGAUCAAAUCAUAGAAUUUUGUUUAACUUUUAUAGAAGUAUUAUAUACACAAUUGCUUAAAAGUUAUGAACUAACUAGCGCCAGUUGUUCUACAAAUGAAGUGGACAUUACUGAACAAUGUGAUGCAAUACGAUUCAGUCAUUCAUAUUUGAAUAAUUUUCCAAAUGCUAUAAGUAAUCCUUUAGCAUGUGGUCUUCUACAAGGUAUCAUGUAUAGUUUACAGAAUAGUGGUGAAACUGUAAUCGGUACAUCAGCUAGAGGUCUACUCAGUUGGUUACCUUUAAUUAAUUCUUCUCAUUGUUUAGAUUAUAUCGGUAAUCCAAUAAUGAGUCAAUUAGGUUGGUUAGCCACUAGAGCUUGUAUUAAAUUACCAAAUAUUUUAUUAUACCUUUUAUCAUCAACAUGUAAAGAUAAAAAUGGAUUAUCAUCAAACAGUGGGAAAUCUAUGUAUCAUUCUUUUAAAGUCUCUUAUUUAUCAAGUGAAUCAGAAAGUCGAUGGUGUUCUGUAUUAUUCAAUUAUAAAGAUUUAUUGCGUCAUCCUACCCUAUUUAAAUCUCAAUUUACUGCAACAAAUCCUGUAAAUAUACAGCAACAGAAUGGUAAUAAUAAUAAUUCGGAUUAUUGUACAAAUAAUGUAAAAGUUUCCAGUAAACUUUUUCAAUUUAUAAACUUGGAAGGUGUUCAACAAAAUUCAAAGUUAAUUUAUCCAUUAGAACGUGAAUUACAAUCGCUGUUAAUAUCUAUAGUAGGACCUAAAAGUUACCGACAACUACAAGAUGUCCAUCGUUUAGCUAAACUGUUACAACGAAUCCGUGAUAUCUGUGUCAAUACUGGUGGUCUAAUAAUUCAUAAUGGUUGUGGAUCUAUGGAGUUUACGGCUUGUGGCAGAACAUCAACAACACCCAGUUGUACUUCUUCAAAUGAGCUAAAUAAUUUGUCAGUAAAUUCUAAACCUAAUCUUAGUACUAAUUGUACAGCAACAACUGUUGAUGAAGGUCCUCGAUUGACUUCAAGUUCCUAUUUGUGGUCACAGGACAAAGGUGUAUUCGCCAAACAGCUACGUUUACCAUAUAUAGCUCAAAGAGAAAUUUUGGAAGAUAUUUCAUUAUGUUUAGCGAUAGCAGUGCGUAAUACAGCUUACUGGCAAAGAUUAUGUCUUCGUUCAUCAGGUUCUUUAUUGUUCUUGUUCCAUACCAGUUUGGUUCUUGACAGAAAAAUUGCACGCAAUAUGAUAUAUUUAAUUCAACUGGCUAUCUGUCCAAACUCAUUGGAGUCACGUAGUCAUAGUACCGUAAAACACUUACAUGAUGAACUUAAACGUUCAACUUAUUCAGUUCAAUCAACUGAAGUGAAAUUAUCACGAAUUAUUGCACGUUAUUUAAUACUCCCUAGGGAUUCACAAAUAUCUACUUGUUCAGAGAUAAGCUUAGAUGAGAAUAUGUCGAAUUAUAAUAAUUCAAAGCGUACAGAUUUACUUAUUUCACCUUUAUUCACACAAUUCGUUCGUACAUUUCUGUGCCGAUGUCCUAAAAAAGCUAUUCGUGAUUCAACAGCACAUAUAUUAUCUACAAUAUUCAGCUGUGUUUCUCGUGAAGCUCAACAUCGUAUACUUAGUUUAAUAGCAUCUCUAUGGCCUGAAUUAUCUACAUUUGUACCUUAUUCCAAUCAGUUUGUCCAGUUAAGUAUUCAUCUAUUGAAUUCUUAUCCGAAUUGGUCAGGUCGAGCAGAAUUAAUAGAACAAGUAAUUUGGAUUUUAAUGCAACGUCUUGAAGCAAUAAAACGUCAUCCGAAUCGUACGCUUUACUCAGUGCUUAUGCACUUUGCUCAUUCCCAAAAAGGACUUCUACCCGGUGUAUUCAUUCCAUUAGAAUCCGUUGAACGAAGUGGAUCAUUGGAUCGAGUCGUAAAUGAAUUCACAUUUUUGCAACCCACUAAAACCACCACCACGACCACUGACUCAUCGUCCACUUCUCGUUCAUGGGCUUCGCUUGCAGCUCAAAAACAAAAUACCACUCAAGUACCUUCAACUAGCAACAGUAUUAGUGGUACACCUGAAACUGUAGUGACAGACAUGAAUUGUAAUCUGUUUAACGAUUUUUUCACAUCAAUUAAUGCUUCGAAUUCUCCAUUCACCUUUGAAUUGGAACCUUGUUUAUUAUGUCACGCUAAAGUGAUCGAUGAACCAUUUUAUGUUAUUUUUCGUUGGGAUUCGGAACCCAAUGUAUCCAGGCGUUCAAUUCAAUCUGUGGUUUCUACCAUUUAUAAUAGUCGAUUUACACAUCAGUUUAGACAAUCACCUAUCGGAAAUUUAUUAUCGCAAAAUCCUCAACGUACUACAACGCAACAGUCAAACAUUAGAGCUAAUGGAACAGAUAUUCCAUUAACAUCUUCAAAUACUGCAACUCCAAAUGUUUCUGGUUUAGUCCAAACAAAUUCGAAUAUACCGAAAAGUACCAUUGCAUCAACAAAUCCCAGUACAACAACGACUACAACAACAGCUACUUCGGGUAGUGGUGGUGUUAAUGCUAGUGGAGCUGCUGGAGCUCCACCAAAUCCAUUUUCACUUAUGAUUCCAGUUCAGUUAAAAUCCCGUGCUACUUCUUCAGUUCACAUUUUCGAUCUUGAAGGUAGCUAUUUAAUUUCACAAAUUACAGUCAAGUUUAACGUUUUAUCGAAACGUCCUAGAUAUGUUAAAACACUAAAUAUUUAUACAUGUGAUCUGACUGAUCGUGCUUCAGCAAGACUAAUUCACGAACCACAAUUAUGGCAACCAGUAGCAUCAGUUAGAUUUAGUCGAAAUCAAACAGUGGCUAGAAUUUGUUUUUCACAUCCAUCACCUAUUCCAAUCUGGUUAGCUUCAAAUCAAGAAUAUGCUACAGAUAAACGAAUAACGAUGAAUCCAGACUUGGUAAUUGAUUCAUUAAAUUUAAAACAAACACCUGGUCUACCUAUUCGAGCAUCACGUUUAGUUUUUGAAUAUGCAGAUUUCCAUUCGACUGGUCAAGAAGAACGUCGUAUUUGUCCACGAUGUCAUGCAUCUGAUUUACAAGGUAGUACAUGCAUAAUGUGUCAUAGUAAUGUGAAUGAAUGCUUUCGCUGUCGCUCUUUGAAUCUAAGUAAUGAAGAUGUAUAUUUAUGCGCUAAUUGUGGUACUUCAAGACAUGGUAAAAUUGAAUUCAGUAUAACUGCCAGACCAUACUAUUCCGCAAUCGAACCGUUACAUGAUCGAGAUGAUCGUGAAUCUGCUUGUGGCCGCAUUUUAAGUUUAUCUAGGGAAUUGAGUAAAACUUCUCAAAUACUUUCACGUCUUAUUCAAGUUGACGUAACUGAAUGCUUAUAUCGACUAUGUUCUUUAGAUACUGGAGCUAUUGAUCUAAUAUAUAUACAAGACUCACUUCCUUCCAAGGAUUCAACUGGAACAUCGAAUAAUAACACUUCAGUAAGCGAUAAAGCAAGAGAUCUUCCACCGUCUACCGUACCAGGUUCUAAUUAUACUGGUUUUGUUAAUCCUGCUAUAAUACGUUUAAUUAGUACUGCUUUAAAGGCACGAGCUUUGAGUUUAGAUUCAGCUGUAAUCACACGACGUCUAUGGGCUGCACGUCAGUCUGUUGUAGAAUUCGAUACAGAAGAGCAACAUGAAUCUACUGUGAUAGGUAGUUUAAAUAAUCAAUCUAUUUUCAAUGGAAAUAGAUGUAUAACACCUGAAGUUUCAGAUUGUGCUUCUGGUAAUACACAAUUAAAUUAUCUGGAAUUAGAUAAAAUGUUUUAUCCAUCAUUAUCUGGAUGUUAUUGGUGCUUAAUAAAUACAAUUUACCAAUGUAGUUCUUUUCUACGAAAUAUUGCAGAGUUCACAUCAAUAACUAUGCUGAAAAAUUCCAGUAAAACAAUAUGGGAUAAUUCACAUUGGUUAUUUGGUUUAAAUGCUACAUGUGAUAAUGACCAUACUUUCCGUUUGUUUAAUGUUCCGUCGUCGUUAUCCCAGGCUACAGCUCUACCACCACCACCAACAACACAAUCGCCAGUCAUUAAUUCUAUGGAUAUUGUACGCAGUUUAAUCACAAAAGUCAUUGAAUCUGGUUUAAAUAUAUAUCCUCAACAUUUACAACAAGAAUUACGUACUUUGUUAAUUUAUUUAACCAAGGACUGUUAUUCAUUGAUAUCUCAUCUCGGUGAUAUUCUCAGUGAUCGAUUAAUCCGAACAGCUAAUACUCACGGUAAUCAAGCUCAUUUACUUGGACCUUUAUCAUACAAUGAUGUUUGUCUCUUACAAGGAAGUGUUGAAUCAAUCCUUCCAAGAAGAUCACAACACAAUAGUCAAUUAAGUAAACAACAACAACAACCAUUAGAUGCUAGUACUAAAAAUUGGGAGGCUCGUUUACGUCCUAUAUUUAAAAUUCUAUUGAAACUAUCCAGUGGUAAUAUUAGUAUUCAUAAUAACUCUAAUAAUACCUCUAAUCCAUCUGUUCCUGUUGUACAAAAUAUUUUGUUACCACUUGUGGAAUUAUUGUAUGAGCUAGUUUCAUAUCAACCUAAUCCAAAUAGUUUAGUAUUUACAAAACGAUCACUUCUAUCAAUUUUCACCACUAAUAAUCAAUCAAAUAUUGCCAACAAUAAUAUUUCUUCAUUACUACCUGUUACGCAACAAAUUGAAACAGAUGUUGAAAGUUUUGAUCAUCAUCGAUUCAACCAAACUACUCCAUUUUAUAAUAAUCAAUAUUCACCAGCUUCAAUUUCUUUAUCAUUAUCUGGCAGUGUUUCUCGUUCAAAUAUGAUUACAUCAUUUCAAGCAUGGUUGACUAAUCAACCUUACGCUUCAUUUAUGGCUUGGAGAGAACGUAUGUCGAUACAAACGUAUGCAGCAUCUAUGUCACAACGUCAACACAUUCAAGUAGACAGCUCUAAUUCAUCUGAUCAACAAAUAAUAAUAUGGGAAGAAUUAAACGCUAAACAAAUUAAUUUAGUUGUACGUUUUGCAACACGUUGGAAAAGCGUUAUUGAAAUGAAACGUUGGGCAAAAUAUUGGGGUAUAUCCACAACAAAUUCUUUCAUCAAGGCUGACCGUAUAUCUUCCGAUAAUUGGCUUACUAAAAUUCUGUUUUCACCACCAGAUUCAAAUGCACGAGGAGUAUAUGACUGUAUGAAAUUGUUGCUAGCUAUUACAUCAAAUAUUGUACCAAAACAGAUUUUUGAAGAAAAUGCCAAUGGUAGCAGUAUUAGUAACAUUAAUAAUGAUAAUGGUAGUGGUAAUCCGUCCGUCAAUACAAACUGUAAUAAUAGUUUAAACAUUUUGUUUAAUAAGCGUCGAUGUGCUGUAUUACUAUAUCUUACUGAAAUUUGUGUUCCUCGAUUGGAUGAAUUAGCAUCGACACGUGAUGCAUAUUUAUUACUUACUGAACGUGCAACGACGCCUUCAGCAUCAGUAUCAUCAGCGGCGUCAGCAGCAGCAACCGCAGCGCGAAACAGUUCUUUUACACAUUAUUCUACCACAACUGCUGGAGAUAUCUUUGUCACAGAAUUUCGUCAGUUAACGACAUUAGAAUCAUCAGAACACGGUUCAACUGGACGUAAACAAAAACACCAUACAAAUAGUACUACCACUACUAGUAGUAAUAUAUCUACUUCUGGGCCGAAUGGAAUUAUUAUAUCGAAUUCACCGUACAUACCUUAUUUAUUAAUUAAGGGGAACUUCCUAGAAUAUGUAAGAAUUUUAAUGCGAAAAUUACUACUUCAAAUAACUCGUAUUGAAUCGGUACCUGUCGGAUAUUGGAAUGAAUUAAUGUCUGCUACAUUAAGUUCGAUUAGUGGUUCUGGCUCAUGUAAUGGAGGUGCUCCUGGUUAUGCAAUCGCUCUAGUCGCAGAGUUAUUAAGUGUACUCAAACCACUCAAGCAAUUGACAAGAUCACAACAAAAUCAGUUGCUGCAUGUUUUAUUACCAGCUUGUGCUCAAUUAAGAUAUUUAGUAUUUCAGCGUGCUGAUUGUACUGUUAAAGCUCAAACUGUAUUUGACUCUAUGCUUGCUGAAUUGACUGGUGUUUCUGGUAUACAAAUUAAAGAAUUUCUAUCUACUGUAUUAGAUGUCUUAUCUGAAUAUCCGAUUGAUGAUCAUCGAUCUGCCACUUAUUUAUUACAACGUCUGUGUACACCAGUCUGUCCUUUAGAUACUGACCAAUCAGUUUUCCAAAUUAAAUUAGAAGUAUGGCGUCCACAUGAAGAUUACUUAUUAGCUAGAUCAAGAAUUGAAAUUUUGCCGUCUGAUACUCGAGGUUUAGGUCCACGUAUACACAAUCUGAUUGAUUUUAUAUGCGAUUCUAAUAAUCUUACAACGGAUAUGCGACUAGAAAUAGUGUGUGAGGGACAAAUACUUAUGCCUCAAUUACGUCUUCAUGAUGUCUACACCCAAAUAUGGUGCGCUAAUCGAAAUAAUGUUAAUAAACCUAUGCGUUUACGAUAUCGUAUACCUGGACUAGAAGCUGACAAUUUACCAUAUGUCGAAAAUUUAUCUUCAGAACAAAUCCCACCUGAACGAUAUUCUCAUCUCUCCGUACUGGUUACACAUCCACAUGGAUUAGGUGAUUUAUUAAAACGAUUGGCUAGUUCACAGAAUGCAUUGCAUGAUCGUGAUUUGAUUGAUGUGAUUGUUCAUAUACUGGAGUAUUGUUUAAAAACGCCAGCUUGCAUAGAACGUCUUACUGAUCCUGACAUUAAAGCUGUACCUAGAUUACUCCAUACUCUUAUCAUUUGUCUUCAAUCAAACCAACAGAAGUUUCGUCAUCCUCAACAAUCAACAGAUAUUGUUGAAGAUAUAACCAAACGUUUACUUACUGUAUUGAAAUCAUUCCUUGAAUUAGUCGAUAACAAAUUAAAUGUUAUGAGUUCUUCUUGUGAACUGUUUCAAUCAGAUUUUAUGAAUUCAGUUGAUUUGAAUUCAAUUAAAUUCCUUUUGAAUUUUAUCACAACUCACCCGAAUAUACCAAAUAUUAGUGUGGAUGUCGCACGUCUACUUGGUCUGAUGACAUUUUCUGAUGAAGAGAAAAUGGAUGCAAUAAUUGACUUUUUAAAAAUUAAUUUAGAUCAAUUAAAACCAUCAGCUCAAUUUAAUACAUUUGAAGUGGCUCUAUUGGACUGUUGUUGUUCAUUAUUAUUUGCUAUACCAAAAUCUAGUUAUAAUGGUGCAUUAUUUAAACGAAAAGUAAAACAGAAUGCAAUGCUUUUACAAACUAGUCUACAUUUCUUAUGGUCUACGUAUCCAUUAUCUUGUAUAGAUAAUACUAAUAAUAAUUUUGAUGAAUCAUUAUCUACAACCACUACUAGUUCAAUGUCCAAUACAACUGAUCCUGAAGUUACUAAAUUCUUAUCUGAGCCUUCAUUACCAUAUGUAUUACAAUUAUUACACGUUUGUGUUGAUGGAGAUCAAGAGGCAACAAUUUUAAGUCAACCUGAAUGUUUGGUUGAGUCAGGUCGACGCCGAAUUGAAGCAUAUCAGUUACUUUGUUUGUUCCAUCAAUUAGAAACUAGUAAAUUAUCUGGGCGUGUUGGUCUUUUAGCUGAAGAUAUGUUAAGUGAUUGGGCCAAUAAAGAAGACAAUAAUAAAAUUAAUGUAUCUAUGAAAAACUCUACUACUACAAUUGGUCAAGUUAUUCAUAGCCUUCGUGAUGCAACACUUCGACGUACACGUUCAUUAGCACAGAAUAUGCGUGAAAAACGUUUACGUAGUCUCAACAUGCGUGUUAAUGAAAAAGGACAAGUUGCCAUGGUGGAAACAGAUAGACUUAAUAAAAUGACUGCAGUUGUUCAAGAAGAAACAGGUUUAUCAUGUGUUAUCUGUCAUGAAGGGCUACGUAUUGCUCCAAAUGAAGCAUUAGGUAUCUAUGUAUAUGUUCGUCGGUGUGUGUUAGAAGAAAAUAUUUAUAUGACAGGUUGCGAACCGGCGAUUAAUUUCACCAAUCCACCAUCAAACAUUCCUGAUGGUUAUUCAACUUUAUCAAAUUUCGUAACUGUACAUUUUUCAUGUCAUACAAAGUCAUAUAAAGCUUCAUCAGAGAAUGAAUGGACAGUAGCUCAACGACAUAAUUGGGAUGUUGGCUGUAAUAACAUUUUACCAAUAUUAAACCCACCAACCAGUAGUUUUGCUGCUCCAAGUUCUACUUCUAGUAGUACCACAACAUCAUCGUCUGAUAGCAAGGCGGCUUCAUUAAAAACUGUAAAACAACAACAACAAGCUCCCGACACUGUUUAUGCUGGACAUUUAGCCAAUUUCAUGGAUUUCAUUAUGCAUAAACUCAGUAUAUGUCCUGGUUAUGUAAUGGCUUUACAUGAUAUAAAAUUGCUUCUAUUACGUUUCGCCUGUAAUCGAACAUUCACUGUUGAAACUGGUGGGGGUGGCAAAGAAAGCAAUAUCCAAUUACUGCCACAUUUGAUGCAAGUUUAUUUACAUUCAUUGUUAAUGAGCUCUCAUGUUGAACAAGAAUUGGAGGCUUUAAAACAGUUUACUGAAGUCCCUAGCUCUUAUUGGGCGAAAUCGGAUAAGUGUUGGAUUACUACCGGGCCCCUGUAUCGUCUAGUGGCGGCUUUACAUCUAUGGUCACGUGAUGAAUGGAAUAAUCAUCGGGCGACUUUAUUACAUAGUCUAUUGUAUAUGGCUGUGGGACGUUCAAAUAAUGCAACAUGUUCAACCAGUACUGUCGAUAGUCAAUUUACGCUGAUUAAACCAUAUUUAAUCUACUUUGGUCUAAUCGAUUCUAUUUAUGAAUAUUUAUUUAAGAAUGUUCCAUUGGCAAGUUCAAUAGAAACUAAAUUGAAGUCAGUUACAUCAAGUAGUAGUGGUAGUGUUAGUCAGACAUCACCAUCAUGGUCUGUUUCUUUAUCGCAGUACAUUCGUACAUCAGAUGAAGCUUUGAUGAAGGCAGCUCCAAAACUACUUGCUUAUUUUGAAGAGAAUCUUUUAACAAUUUCAAGUGUAGAGGAAUUUCUAGAUGUUACAGGCUUGUUAGAAAAUGUUAGUUUAAAUGAAAUCGAAAGUAUCAUGGAGACAAUGUGCAACAAAUAA